AAAACUUUUAAUAUUAAAAUUGCAUCAAUUUAUAUUGUAAUUUAAAAAAUCUUAUAAAAAGUAUUUUAUAAGUAACGAAAUAUUUUUAAAAGUAUGUUUUCGUUUACUUUAAAUAGUUUCUAUUGAGUAUCCUUAUAUUGAAAAAAAUCCUUCAGAGAAUAUAUUUAUUGUGACUUUAACAAUGUGCGUCUUAAAAAAUAACGGAUCGUUUACAUUAAUUUUUGUACGAAACGGUUACAAAUCAGUUUGCUUAUACGUAAUAAAAAUUAAAGAUGUCUGUGUCAAAAAGAACCAAAACAAGUUAUGUGUGGCAAUAUUUUAAAGAGGUGGAUGCUGUUUUCGCAAAAUGUGAUAUUUGUAAAUCCAAAAUAUCAUAUGUAUAUAACGUCAACAUCAAAUUUAAAAAAACAUAUGGAACGGAGGCAUCCUACUGUUCGAUUGGAAAUGGUAAUAUAAUUUUGAAGUUAUUAUCAAAUAGGUAUUGUGAAAAUGUUUUUGCAGUCGGAAAUUACGCCAGCGCCGCAAAAUGCGCCUGUUACUUUUGAAGAGGAUAUUCCAUCAACUUCGACUGCAUUACCAAGGCCUUUAACUCAAACUAAGAUUUUAAAUGUCGCGCGGCUAAAAUCAAAAAGUGAAAUAACAAGCAAGUUAUUGCAGCUCUUUACGGUGGAUUUGCAACCUUUCUCUAUAGUUGAGGACAAAGGUUUUCGGGAAUUUGUAACAGCCCUAAAUCCAUCUUAUGACAUUCCUAGCAGACAUGUGAUUUCAAAAUCAAUGAUUCCUGCAUUGUAUGAGGAAUGUAAACAUAAGGUGCGAGAAAUGAUUAGGAGCGGGGAAAAGUUUUGCAUUACCACUGAUUGUUGGACAUCGCGGAACACGUCUAGUUCCUUUGCUGUAACGGCACAUUAUGUCUCCGAAAAUUUUGAACUAACGUCAGUGCUUUUAUCGUCAUCCCAACUGAGGCAAAAUCAUACAGCUGAAAACGUAAGUGAGGCGAUACAACAAAUCGUAAGUGACUGGAAAAUUAACGAAAAAAUAUUGCUAGCUGUAUCGGACAAUGCUAGUAACAUAAAAAGUGCAAUAAUUAAUAAGUUAGGUUGGAAGCAUUUUGGAUGUAUGGCUCACACAAUUAAUUUAAUUGUAAAAGAAGGAUUACGCAUUCCUGAAGUAGAACAAGUAACUGAUAAAGUUAAAAUAAUAGUUGCUCACUUCAAGAAAAGUACUUCAGCGAAUGAAGCAUUUAAAAAUUACCAGCGCAACAGCGGUAAAGAACCUCUAGAAUUAAUUCAACAAGUUGAAACGAGGUGGAACUCCACACUGGCAAUGUUGGAGCGAUUUUCGGAGUUGGAGGAAGCGGUGAAAUGUACUUUGGUAAUUAUAAAUAAAAAUUUACCUAUAUUAACCAGCGACGAGUGAGCGACUGUUGCUGCU